AUGAAACGCAAUGCCAAAAGGGUGGCAAAUCUUAUCCACCAACUAGAUGAAGAUGGAGUUUACUAUCCAGAGGUGGAGCGUUUUAAGGAAGAUGUAAGUUCAUAUUUGAGGAGUGGAGAGUAUUUCAUUCCAGUAGGGCUUGGUACACCUCCAAUGCCUCAAUAUUUAGUUAUAGACACUGGAAGUGAUAUUGGUUGGGCCUCCUUGCUUAGCAACAAACGAGCCUCUAGUUUUUAUUACAUCAAGUUAGUGGGUCUUGGAGCAGAAAGUAUUCAGCUGCCAAUUCAUGAAGAUGUUUUUCAAAUACCAAAAUCUGGUCAUAGAGGGGUGAUUAUGGAUACGGGCACCAUGAGUAGCUUUCGGAAGGUGGCUUAUGAAGCGUUACGUGACGCUUUUGUUGCGAAAACCACGAAUGUCCCUCGGCUACCUGGAGUAGAAAUGUUCGACACAUGUUAUAAUUUGUCUGGGUUUGUAUAUCGUAUACCGAUCAUAUUGUUCUAUUUCUCAAGUGGGACAGUUGUGAACAUCCCACCAAAUAACUUUUUAAUUGUUGCAGAUGGGGGAAUUUCUUGUCUUGCAUUUGCUUCAUCCUUUUCUGAUUUAUCUAUUAUUGGAAACGUCCAACAAAAACAAAUACAGAUUACAAUUGAUACGGCUUCUGUCUCUGCAGGAUUUGGUCCCAACAAUUGCUGA